AUGCGGGUGCCUUCCGGAAUUGGGGGUCUGCACCCAGGACACGGCUACUCCCGCUCCGGCAGCCCCUCAAGUCAGCUCCUGCCCGGCCCUGUGGAGACGUCGUCCGUCAAGGGCCUUUACUACCGCAGGGCCCGAAGAGUGGGUGCCCGGGACGCUUCCCCGACUUCAGACCUGAAGAAGGAGAUACUGGUCAACGUGGGAGGCAGGCGGUACGUCCUCCCCUGGAGCACGCUUGACGAGUUCCCGCUGAGCCGCCUGAGCAAGCUCAAGUUCUGCCGCAGCCACGAGGAGAUCGCGCAGCUGUGCGACGACUACGACGCGGACAGCCAGGAGUUCUUUUUCGACAGGAGCCCCUGUGCCUUCGGGAUGAUCGUGAGCUUCCUGGCGGCCGGCAAGCUGGCUCUCCUGCAGGAGAUGUGCGCGCUGUCCUUCCAGGAGGAGCUGGCCUACUGGGGUAUCGAGGAGACCCGCCUGGAGAAGUGCUGCCUGCGGACGCUGCUCAAGAAGCUCGAGGCGCUGGCCGAGCUGCGCCGGGAGGAGGCGCUGCAGAGGCAGAGGGAGGCCUGUGGGCCCGCGGCCCACACCUCGCGCUGGGGGCUCUUCAUGAGCAGGCUGAGAGAGAUGGUGGAAAACCCACAGUCGGGGCUUCCCGGGAAGGUCUUUGCUUGUCUCUCCAUCCUCUUCGUGGCCACCACGGCGGUCAGCCUGUGUGUCAGCACCAUGCCCGACCUGAGGGCUGAGGAGGACCAGGGUGAGUGCUCUCAGAAGUGCUACUACAUUUUCAUCGUGGAGACAGUCUGCGUCGCCUGGUUUUCCCUCGAGUUCUGUCUGCGGUUUGUGCAGGCCCAGAACAAGUGCCAAUUCUUCCAAGGCCCCCUGAACAUCAUCGACAUCCUGGCCAUCUCCCCAUACUACGUGUCCCUCGCGGUGUCGGACGAGCCCCAGGAGGACAGCCCGCGGCCCGGCGGGGGCUCCUACCUGGAGAAGGUGGGGCUCGCCCUGCGCGUGCUGCGGGCGCUGCGCAUCCUCUACGUGAUGCGGCUGGCGCGCCACUCGCUGGGGCUGCAGACGCUGGGGCUGACGGUGCGCCGCUGCACGCGUGAGUUCGGCCUGCUCCUCCUCUUCCUCUGCGUGGCCGUCACGCUCUUCUCGCCUCUGGUCUACGUGGCCGAGAACGAGUCCGGGCGGGUCCUGGAGUUCACCAGCAUCCCGGCCUCCUACUGGUGGGCCGUCAUCUCCAUGACGACGGUGGGCUAUGGAGACAUGGUGCCACGCAGCGUGCCGGGCCAGGUGGUGGCCCUGAGCAGCAUCCUCAGUGGGAUCCUCAUCAUGGCCUUCCCGGCCACGUCCAUCUUCCACACCUUCUCACACUCUUAUCUGGAGCUCAAGAAGGAGCAGGAGCAGCUUCAGGCGCGCCUCCGCCGCAUGCAGAAUGCCGGCUCCCUCAGCGAACAUGAACUCCUGAGCGACGUCAAUGACAACAUUCUGGAAGGGGCCGAGUCGCCCAUCAAGUAUAUGUAA